AAUCUCUUCCGCUUGGAGCUUUGUCUUUGAAGCUCGCUCAUCAUGUCUCAGUGGAGUACGGUUACAUAACGGGGAAUAAAAUGGUGAUAAGAGCACCUUCAGGCAGCGUUCAGAUUCAGAUGGCUUUGUUGAAUGUUGUGUGGGCUUUAUCAUGUAUGAUUUAAGAGCAGCGGGAAGGACUACAGAUGCUGCAGGGGCUGGUCCCAGAUGGGCAUCCUGGAAUCUUGGUAUCUUCAUUUGUAUCCGCUGUGCGGGAAUCCACCGGAAUCUUGGUGUUCACAUCUCACGAGUGAAAUCUGUAAACCUGGACCAGUGGACUCAAGAGCAGAUACAGUCUGUUCAGGAAAUGGGGAACGCCAAAGCUCGGAGACUAUACGAGGCCUUUUUACCAGAGUGCUUCCAGCGCCCAGAGACAGACCAAGCGGCUGAGAUUUUUAUUCGUGACAAAUAUGAUAAGAAAAAAUAUAUGGAUAAAUGCAUUGACAUCCAGUCAUUCAGGAAAGAAAAGAGUGAAACAGUAACAAAAGAGGCUCCCGUUGUUUUUGAAAAGAUGAAGCUGAAAAAGGACGAGUCACAACAAUUCAAAAGCACUCCAAAGAAACAGUCACAGUCUGUCAAUGACUUACUAGGACUAGAUGCCCUAGCACCUCAACCUCCAGUGACCAAUGGCAAACCAAGCGCUGAAAUUAGUCCUGCACUCGACCUCUUCAGUUCUCUGCCUGCAGCCGUCAGCAACUCAAACUCUGCCAGGAGCACGCCCAGCUCAGGGUCUAUGCCCACUGGACGGGUAGCAGCAUCAGUGCCCGAAAACCUCAGUCUGUUCCUUGAUCCUCCAACCAAAAGUGAAGACAGUGGAAAAAAGUUAUCCAAGGACUCAAUCUUGUCCCUGUACAGCAGUACAGCGCCACAAACAAACAUGGCGGCUCAUGCUGGCAUGUACAUGGGAGCAACCCAGAUGGGCUAUGUUCCUGCUGCAGGAUAUGGCCAAUACCAGGCCCUGGGUGCCCAGCAGGGCAUGAUGGGACCUAUGAUGGCUCCACAUAUGAACAUAGUGGGACAGGCGGGUGUCAUGCCGCAAACCGGAGCGGCAGCUGCUCCUCCAUACAUGGCAGGAGUGCAGGGCGGUGUAAUGGGAAUGCAGAACGGCAUGAUGGGAAACAUGGCAGCAGUUCCUCAGCAGGCAUAUGGAGCACAGCAGGCCCAACAGCUGCAGUGGAACAUCAGCCAGAUGACUCAACACAUGGCAGGAAUGAAUUUCUACGGUGCCAAUAACGUGAUGGGAUACGGGCAGUCCAUGGGCGGUACAGCUGCGCCCGGGUCAAAUCAAAUGCUUGGGUCACACGUGUGGAAGUGAUGACAUCAUAAACAAACCAAAAAGGGUGAAAGUGGGACAGCAUGUCAGAAUUGGGUGGGCUCAUUUGGCUCUGUGACUGACUGACAGCAGAAGGGGAACAGAUUGUAGGAGCAAACACACUGGGGAGUCCAAUAGAUGAUCGCAGCUGAAGCAAAGUCUCUACCUCCCUCAUUCUCAGAGCCACAAUCUCAUGCUUGCCUUCACACUCAGAGAGAGAGAAUAGAGGUUUUAUUUGCAAGGUAUUGUGCGCUUGCUGCGAGUGCACUCUUCAGAUGAAUGUUACUUUGCUGAAUGUUGCGUUUUUGCUUCAUCUGCCUUUUUGGUUUCCUCUUCUCUCAGUGUUACAUUUGUAAAAUCCACUCAUUUAAACAGAUUUAGUGUAUUCUGAAGGGCAAAAAGCUUCCUUAUAGAUUUUUUUGCUGCAGAUUUGAGUUGGUGGAUCAAAUUUACCUUUUUUAAACCAAUAUAAACCUUUUUUCCUGAAUUUUUUUGCCGUCGAAAUUGACACUUCAUCAUAUCUGCAGAUUUUUUUGCUACAGAUUUGAGUUGGUGGAUCAAAUUCACCUUUUUUUUAACCAAUAUAAACCUUUUUUCCUGAAUUCUUUUGCCCUCAAAAUUGACACUUCAUCAUAUAGACACACGUACUGUAUAUACAGUAUGUUACACAGACUUUCUAUCUUGACAUAGCCAUGUUUGCUGUCACAUUCGAAGAGCUAGACGUCUUUUAAGGCAAUGUUUUUUUCUCAGAAAGGGUCUUCGAUACUGCUGUGGACAAUGUCCAUUUGAUGCCUCCGCUAUCAGGUUCUGGCGAAGCUAUGAAUGAUAGUCUCGUAUUGUCAUAUUUCUAACGCACAGGGUACAACUAAGCCAUUUUUUUUGCUUUGUCACACUCGCUCUCAGCUCAGGAGAAAUAAAAGGCUUGGGAGGAUUGAGGUUUUCUCUCAUCCAUCUCAUAGCAGGACAUUUAC